AUGAACAGCAACGACAUCGACAACAAAAACAACACCAACAUAUUACCAGCGAGACUUAAGAUGAAAAUAUGCAAGCGUGCCUCCAUGCUCUGCGGGCUCUUCAUAGUUGCCCUCUGGGCGACCGACAAUUUUUUUUACCUUUUCAUAUGCUUUCACUGCCUGUGCAUACACGCAUCAACACGCAAUAAUAUUAUAGCAGACCACGAGCAGAACACCCUGUGCUACUCGGUGAGUUCGGUUAACAGAAAAAUAUUAAAUUCAAACUACCCAGCAACAGACAGAGACAAGCAGGUCUGCCUGUGCAAAAGACGUACAGCAGGCAGUCCCUCAGUGAGAUGGAACAUACAGGAACACAUCAGCACAUCAGCACAUGAACGCCUUGAAGAAAUGCGAAGGAAGCAAUAA